AUGGGAAAUCAACAAGGGUAUGUUAAGAAUCAUCACUCUAGAUCAGGAAGUCUUGGUACUUGGAAGCAUGUUGAUUCUUCAUUUAAAUUAACUAUAACUGAAGCUGAUAAAGAAAAAGAAACUGUUAUUGUUCCGAAGCCAAAAAAGAUCAACAGAAGAUCAGGGAUUCCUCCAAUAAAAUGUUCAUACAGUCCAAAUGAAAAAAAAUAUUUAAAAACAGGAGUUGCACUUGACUAUUUUGAAUCUAAUUCUUCUUCUCCCUUUGAAGAAUUAGAAAGUCCAUCAUUGUCACCAAAAUGUAAGAGGUCCUAUUCAGUUAGUAGUAAUGGUGGACGUACCCCAAGACUCAAUAAAAAACCUUUUUGUUCUACAGGGAUAUUUUCUCAUAAAUCAAUAACUCCAAAAAUAACAAAAAUACUUACACCUAAACAUUCUCCAAGAUAUGAAGAAGAAGAAGAGAUUGAAGAAGAGUUAAGUGAAAGAUUUGAACCAGUUUCUCCAGCAGUAGAAAUGGUUUCUAAUAUUAUUGACAUUAGAAAAUAUAACCUAUUAUUUGAUAGUCGUUUUGAUCUUCUUGAUAAUCGUACUUUUAACUCUAAAAUUAUUGGGCAUAGUAGAAUUUUAGUUAUUAUAGUUACUAAUGAUUUUGAUAUUUUUGGAAUUUACAAUGAAGAAGUGAUUCCUCCAUUUAAGAAGAAAGGAAAUAUUAACCUUGAAACAACAAAAGAAUUUUUCUUAUUUACUUAUAACAAUAAUACUCAACAAAUUAUUCGUAGAAAAAAAAAUAAUACUAAAUCUUUAACAUUAUAUUAUGAAAAUGCAUCUUCUUUUAUUUUAACUGUAUUUUCUGCUUUUUGGAUUCUUUCAGAUGGUACUUGUAGUAUUCAUCAAGGGUUUAAAAAUAAUUAUGUGUAUACUCCAUGUAUCAAUCCAUUCUCUUCACAACAAACAGCUAGGAAAAUUGGUAUUCAAUUUAUCUUUGUAAUAGAAUGUCAUUAA